UACAGUGGGCGGGAAAUUGGUGUGCGCAUGCGUGUCACAACUAUGGCGGACGGAGACCGCGCUGAGGGAGCUCCGGCCGAGAGCGAGGUGGAACCGCUGCGGUUCCAGCGGCUGUGGGGAGAGGGCUACUUCGAGGUGCCGGCGUCCGAGCGGCUGGGGAAAUGCCGGAGCGUGAAGGAGUUUGAGAAGCUGAAUCGGAUCGGAGAAGGCACCUAUGGCAUAGUGUACCGUGCCCGGGACACUGUGACAGAUGAGACUGUGGCACUGAAGAAGGUGCGGAUGGACAAUGAGAAGGAAGGAAUGCCCAUCAGCAGCCUGCGGGAAAUCACCCUGCUCCUGGAGCUCCAGCAUCCCAACAUCGUGGAGCUGAAGGAGGUGGUUGUGGGGAACCAUCUGGAGAGUAUUUUCCUGGUGAUGGGCUACUGUGAGCAGGACCUCGCCAGCCUUCUCGAGAACAUGCAGACACCUUUUUCAGAGGCUCAGGUGAAAUGCAUCAUCUUGCAAGUCCUCAAGGGUCUGCAGUACCUUCAUGAGAGGUACAUCAUCCACAGGGAUCUGAAGGUGUCCAACCUGCUCAUGACUGACAAAGGCUGUGUGAAGAUAGCGGAUUUUGGUCUGGCACGUACAUAUGGGAUGCCACCACAACCCAUGACCCCCAAAGUCGUCACGCUGUGGUACCGAGCACCCGAGCUGCUGCUAGGAGCGACAACACAGACCACCAGCAUUGACAUGUGGGCUGUGGGCUGCAUCCUUGCUGAGCUGUUGGCUCACAAGCCACUGUUGCCAGGCACCUCUGAGAUCCACCAAAUAGACCUCAUCGUGCAGCUCCUGGGGACACCCAAUGAAAACAUCUGGCCGGGCUUCUCCAAGUUGCCCCUGGUGAGUCAGUACACGCUGCGGAAACAGCCUUACAACAACCUCAAGCACAAGUUCCCCUGGCUCUCAGAGGCCGGGCUGCGUCUGCUCAACUUCCUCUUCAUGUACGAUCCCAAGAAGCGGGCAACGGCAAAAGACAGCCUGGAUAGUUCAUACUUCAAGGAAAAGCCCCUGCCCUGUGAGCCAGAGCUCAUGCCCACCUUCCCCCACCAUCGCAACAAGCGGGCAGCCAGCGCCAGCACAGGGACUGAGAGCCAGGCAAAGCGUGCCAAGCCCUGAGCCCCGUCCAGGAGGAGGAGGUGCAGGGAACUCAAGCAGGGAUCGCCGUUGCCAGGGCUGGGCACUCGCUCCUGCCCCGCUGCUGCCCAGGCACUCAGCUCUCCUCGGCGAUGCAGUGCUGGGUGCUGUCACCUCAUGGGAUGGCUCCUGGCCACGUUGCCCCAGUCCCUCAGCAGUUGCAUUUAGGGGUACUGCCUUGGUUACCAAUGCCCAUGCUCAGCCCCGUGCAGAGCUUCUCAUGCUGGGAACAUCCACAGCCUUCCAGCCCAGCAGAGCCCAAGCAUUGUAUAGUGCUGGCUUCCUUCUGCCCUGGAGUGAGGGGGCAACAGCCUGGAGCUGCGAGCACAGCACGGGGUGGGUUUCAGCCUCCUCCCCUGGGGGUGGGAUGGAGGCAGGGACUGAAAGGGGGGGAGAUGGGGGUUUGGUACAGAGAUGCUGGACGUCUGGCAGGACCAGCUCUGGCCUGUACUGGCUGCGUGGUGCAACCCUGACUCGCUGUCAAUAAAAACAGUUGCAAAGGGCAGUGGUGGUGAAAAAUUCCCUCGGCCAUAGAAUCACAGAACAGCUUGGAAGGGACCUCAAGUUCCAACCCCCCGCCACAGGAAGGGCCACCAACCUCUACAGCUGUUACCAGACCAGGCUGCCCAGGACCCCAUCCAAUGUGGUGAUGAACAGUGCCAGGGAUGGGGCAUCCACAGCCUCUCUGGGCAGCUGUUCCAACACCUCACCACUAUGUAAAGAUCUUCCCUGACAUCCAACCUAAACCUUCCUUCCUUGACCUUGAAACCAUUCCCCCUUGUCCUGUCAUUGUCUACCUGGAUAAAAAGUCAAUUCCCUUCCUUUUUAUAAUCCCCUUUUAAAUAUUGGAAGGCUGCAAUGAGGUCUCCUCACCUCCUGCCCUUCACCAGGCUGAAGCCCAGCUCCCUCAGCCUGUCUUUGUAGGGGAGGUGGCCCAGGCCUCUGUUCAUCUUAGUGGCCUUCCUCUGGACCCUUUUCAACAGCUCCACAUCUUUCCU